CCACUUGGGUGAAAAAAGGUUUAAGCUUUCCCAGAGAUAUUAUUCUAAUGGCCGUCUUUCUCCAACCAUCGCUGUGCAGAAAAAUCAAAGCAAGAACCCACGAUGGUCCUUCUUAUCUUCUUUGCAACCAUCAUUUCAUUUCAUUUCUCCCAUGAUUGAUUGUUAAUUGUCCCCUUUGAUUUGUUCUGCAUUGUUGCCUGCAUAUAUUGACUUCUCUCCGGUCUCAGGGUUUCUGCAGAUUCCACCACCCCCGCCCACUCUACGGAUUUGCCUUUUAGGAGGAAAAUUCUCCAACAUGACCUGAUCUAACUAAAGACUGAGGACUUUAUAUAUUUUAUUUGAUCAUCAUCACUUCCUGGAUACCCAAACCCUAUCUUCCCACACGCAUCACAUCAUGGUGUUGCCUCAAAGGAUCUAUCUUUAUGCGCUCCUUGUUGCGUUUUUCUGCGUGCUUCUUCUUGCCGAUGCACAGCGAACAGACCCUUCAGAAGUCACUGCUUUACGAUCAGUUAAGACAAGUUUAAUUGAUCCUAAAGAUUAUUUGAGAAACUGGAACAGAGGAGACCCUUGCAAGUCAAAUUGGACAGGAGUUAUCUGCUUCAAUGAAAUUGGGACCGACAACUACCUGCAUGUCCGAGAACUCCUGCUGAUGAACAUGAAUCUGUCCGGGAGUUUAUCACCAGAGCUCCGGAAAUUAGUUCAUCUCGAGAUAUUAGAUUUCAUGUGGAACAAUAUUAGUGGUUCAAUUCCAAAGGAGAUAGGGCAGAUAUCAUCCCUGGUACUCUUGCUGCUGAAUGGAAACAAAUUGUCAGGGCCUUUACCAAGCGAACUAGGAUAUCUUUCGAACUUAAACAGGUUUCAGAUAGAUGAGAAUAACAUCACAGGAUCAAUACCAAAGUCCUUUUCCAACUUGAAAAACGUGAAACAUUUGCACUUCAACAAUAAUUCGUUGAGCGGCCAGAUUCCAGUUGAGCUUUCCAGUCUUACAAACAUCUUUCACGUGCUGCUAGACAACAACAAUUUAUCCGGAAAUCUCCCACCGCAACUCUCUGAAUUGCCAAACCUGCAAAUCCUGCAAUUAGAUAAUAACAACUUCAGCGGAUCAGAUAUCCCAGCUUCCUAUGGAAACUUUUCGAGUAUACUGAAGCUGAGUCUUAGAAAUUGUAGUUUAAAAGGUGCUCUUCCUGAUUUUAGCAGGAUACGUCGUCUCAAAUACUUGGAUCUUAGCUGGAAUGAGCUCACAGGACCUAUACCUUCUUCUAAUCUUUCUGAGGAUGUGACAACCAUUGAUUAUUCAAACAACAUACUUAAUGGAUCCAUUCCGCAAAGCUUCUCAGAUCUGCCUUUGCUUCAGAUGCUAUUACUGAAGAACAAUAUGUUAUCUGGAUCUAUCCCUGAUUCCCUCUGGAAGAAUAUCUCAUUUCUGAAAAAAGCUAGACUUCUACUUGAUCUCAGGAAUAAUACUCUGUCACAGGUUCAAGGAGAUCUAACUCCUCCAGAAAAUGUCACUUUAAGGCUUGAUGGUAAUCCGAUUUGCAAGAACGGAAGCAUAUCAAAUGCAGGCCUCUUCUGCGAAUCCAUAGGAAAGGGGUGGACAUCACAACCAACCAACUCAACUAAUCCUGCACUCGACUGUCCCCCUCUGGCCUGUCCCACUCCUGACUUCUACGAAUAUAGUCCAGAAUCUCCGUUACCAUGCUUUUGUGCAGCGCCUCUCAGGAUUGGAUACCGUCUGAAGAGUCCUAGUUUCUCAUACUUCCCUCCAUAUAUUGAUCGAUUUGGAGAGUAUGUUACCGGAUUUCUUCAAAUGGAGUCAUAUCAACUCUGGAUCGACUCAUAUCAAUGGGAGAAAGGGCCUCGUCUGCGGAUGCAUCUGAAACUUUUUCCGAAAGUUAAUGAAACCUUUACAAGAACAUUUAACACGAGUGAAGUUGUCAGAAUCCGAGGCAUAUUCGCAUCAUGGAGAUUUCCCGGUAGUGACUUAUUCGGCCCAUAUGAGCUGCUCAACUUCACUCUGCAGGGGCCUUACUCAUAUGUUAACUUCAGCACUGAAAGGAAAGGCGUUAGCUGGGGACGUUUGGCAGCAAUAACUGCAGGGGCUGUGGUUACUGCUAUUGCCAUCUCCGCCAUGGUUGCGGCCUUGUUGCUUAGAAGAUACAGCAAGCACGAGGGUGUCAUAUCUAGAAGACGGUCUUCCUCGAAAGCUUCCUUGGUGAACUCUGGGAUAAGAGGCUUCAGGUUCAAAGAACUAGCAGAGGCCACAGACGAUUUUAGCAGCUCGGCUUUGGUUGGACGGGGAGGCUACGGAAAGGUAUAUAGAGGUGUGUUAUCUGACAAAACGGUUGCUGCCAUAAAGCGAGCAGAUGAAGGGUCGUUGCAAGGUGAGAAGGAGUUCUUGAAUGAAAUAGAGUUGCUCACGAGGUUGCAUCAUCGGAAUCUAGUGUCACUAAUUGGUUACUGUGACGAAGAAGGGGAGCAGAUGCUGGUGUACGAAUUUAUGCCAAAUGGCACCCUGCGCGACUGGUUGUCUGGUACUAAAACCACAAAGAUCCCAUCCCAAUUAGUUUUCUCAUCUAAUGGAAUACAAAUAUAUGUGUGGUGUGGUGGUGGUGCAGCUAAAGGGAAGGAGACAUUGAGCUUUGGGAUGAGGGUUCGUGUUGCAUUAGGAGCAGCCAGGGGUAUUCUCUACCUUCACACAGAAGCCAACCCACCAGUGUUCCAUCGAGACAUCAAAGCCAGUAACAUCCUCCUCGACCUCAACUUCAAUGCCAAAGUUGCAGACUUCGGACUGUCCCGUCUUGCUCCUGCUUUGGAGGAGGAAGAGGAUGUGCCUAAACACGUGUCUACGGUUGUUCGCGGGACUCCAGGGUACCUGGAUCCAGAGUACUUUCUGACGCACAAGCUGACGGACAAGAGCGACGUGUACAGCAUGGGGGUUGUGUUCUUGGAGAUGCUGACUGGUAUGCACGCCAUAUCCCAUGGCAAAAACAUCGUGAGAGAGGUGAAGAGUGCGGAUGAGAUGGUGUCGCUGAUAGACAAGAGAAUGGAGCCGUGGUCGACGGAAAUCGCAGAAAGGUUUUUUACUUUGGCAUUGAGGUGUAGCCACGACUCACCUGAUAUGAGGCCUGCGAUGGCUGAGGUGGUGAAAGAGCUGGAGUCACUACUCCCCGACAAGGAAGGAAAAGUGGAAACGAACUCGUCGGUGUUGUCAACAUCAUCUUCGAAUGUGACGAGAGAUCUUUACGAGUCGGCGAGCCUUUUAGGAAGCGAUCUCAGCAGCGGCGUUGUUCCCAGCAUCGCUCCUCGCUGACUCUGAGCUUUUUUAACUUGUCUUCCACUUAACACUGUAAUCUAUACCCCUUUUUUUCGGGAAAACUGACACUGUAAUCUAUACCCCUUUACAGUAAUCUAUACAUAUUCCCUUCCAAACCCAACAAAUAUUUUGAAAAUACAGACCCGUCAACAAAUGUCUAAAUACUAUUC